CAACCACCUCUUUGUACAAUCCGGUGGUCCAACGAAGAAAACGAGAAACGUCUACCUACCCGUUCAAACCCUCGAGCUAAGCUACUCUACCAAACUUCUCCUCAUCCUCCGCAUCAAUUGUGUGGAAGCAAGACAUUCGCUCAAUUCGUCUGACCAAUUCACGACAGCUCUCGAAUCGCAUCCCGACAUACGCAUUCCGAUCGCUAUCACCGACGAUACCACAAGAGACUCGACCCGCUUGCCGCAUUCCACGCACCCACCUCCUCGGCCUUGUGCCGCUGGAGCACACACACCCUCAUUGUUCGAAGCGAGAAACCACAUUCCAGACAGCGGGUAGACCAUCUCUGCCACCACGACCAUGCCGAACAUACGGUUGGCAGUCGGCAUUCAGCGGCUGAUACCCUUUCUUGGAUACCACCAUGUGUUGAUGAUCCUCAUUGCACUGGCAAUCAUAUUACUCUCCCUCCUCCUAGCAGGAUGUUCGUCAUCCUCGCCGUUAAUACCGGGGAUCUUCCUCAUAUCCUUCUAUUACGAAAUGUACACCCCGCGUUACGAUCCCACACAAGUCAACCCCGGCGUCACAGCGGCCAUCACCAACAUCGUCGGCGGCGCGAGUUUGGAAGUAAGAGUGGGAUAUUUUGGACUCUGCAUACAACCCGAUGAUGGAAGCUUCCUCUGCUCGAACAACGCCACGCUGCUGGCGCAACAAAUCUCCAUUGACGCGGAUCCGCUCAAUCUGAUCUGGGUGGCCAAUACGUUCAAGAACAGCGUUGUCUUUCCAUACCUCCUAAUCGUCGCCAUAAUCCUCGCCUUCGGCACCUUCCUCCUCCUCGCCACCUUCCCGGGCUGGCACGAAGAACACGACGCCCGCACCGGGUCCGACAUCGACAUUAAACCCUUCCCCUCACGACCAGUCUCCCAAGUCGCCCUCGCGCUCAUCUUCAUCUCGUCCAUAUUCGUGCUCGUCUCCGUCCUCUGGCAACACACGGCCUCCGUCGCCGCGGCGCAGGUCGCUCAAGAUUUCGGGAAUGGAAGCGUCAAGAGUGGAGUCGGUACGGCGGCGAUGGUGUUGGGUUGGUUUGGAUUUGCGCUGCUCAUUAUUGUGACGGUGGGAUUGUUGGUUAUGAUUUUGAGUAUCCAUCUGUUGGAUAAGUUGACGGAUGAAUGA